AAAAUGGUGGAACAAUCUGGCAAGUGGCAACACUGAAUCAGCUGUGUUGUGGUGAUCGAGAUUCGAGGGAACGCCCAUCCCAGGGUAAGCUUCCUUGGCGUGUCCUGGCAUUGUGGUCGCCCGGUUUUUAUGUCCUAGCAUUGGACUGACAGAGAAGAACUGAGGGCCACAGGCAGCAUAUGAUCAGUGUGAAUUGAAAGAUAAUGGAUGAAAUGGAAGAGUUUAAGUGCUUCAUCAUGGAUCUGUCUUAUGCAAGCAUGGAAGCAUGAAGAGAAAGACAAGACAGAGAGAUACACAAGAAAGAUUAGUUACAUUGAGAUAAGAGGAGAGUUUGUGUUUGAGGCAGAGACACAAUAUACAGCCUGGAAGACAUGGACAUGAAGGGAAAGGAGGCAGCCUUUGAUCCAACAGAGCACCAGCAUGUAAGGUUCAACCCACUUCGAGGGGACUGGGUGUUGGUGUCACCGCACCGUAUGAAGCGACCAUGGGCGGGCCAAGUGGAGCCCCCACCUCAGGAUGACCUCCCAGACCAUGACCCCACCAACCCUCUGUGUCCUGGGGUGUCUAGACCCAGUGGUGUGGUGAACCCAAACUACACUUCAACUUUUGUAUUCAACAACGACUUCCCAGCACUCCUGGAGGAGGUGCCAUCACCACCGGAGGCCCCUGGGGAAGAGCUAUUGCAGUGGGGACCAGCACGGGGUUGCUGCAGGGUAAUGUGCUUCCACCCUAAGACUUCUGUCACACUGCCCACCAUGACCCAGGAUGAAGUCAGGAAUGUAGUAGACAGGUGGGUGGCAGAGACAGAGGAACUGGGCCAGAAGUAUGAAUGGGUGCAGAUAUUUGAGAAUAAAGGAGCCACCAUGGGCUGCUCUAACCCCCAUCCACACUGCCAGAUCUGGGCCUCUUCUUUCUUGCCCAGUGAAGCCAUGCUAGAGGACAUGCACCAGAAACAGUACUUCUUGAAGCACGGCACCCGCCUCCUGCAUGACUACACAACUAAGGAACUGCAACAAAAGGAGCGAAUAGUUCUGGAGCAAGAAGACUGGUUGGUGGUAGUGCCUCACUGGGCAGUGUGGCCAUAUGAGACACUUGUGCUGCCCCGCCGGCCUGUGUCACGUAUCACCCAACUCACAUUCAGUGAGAGAGAUGGGCUGGCCUGUCUCAUACGGCGCCUGACAGCCAAGUAUGACAAUCUCUUCCAGUGCUCCUUCCCAUACUCCAUGGGAUGGCAUGGAGCUCCUACUGGUUGUCACCUGCAAGAGAAAGGUGAGGGUUUGGAUGUGAGUGACUACUGGGUGCUCCAUGCCCACUAUUACCCUCCACUGCUGCGAUCAGCAACUGUCAAGAAGUUCAUGGUUGGCUAUGAGAUGCUUGCCCAGGCCCAGCGUGACCUGACCCCAGAGCAGGCAGCACGCACCCUGAGGGACCUGCCUGACGUACAUUACAAGUGCAGGAAGGAUUGACAGUCACAUGGUGUAAAUAAUGCUAGUGUGUCUUGAUCAUGUGCCUGAAGUGUGGUAUGUUUGGGAAUCAGAGAACAAGGUGACCUCUUUCUAAAUUGGGUUUACUUAUUGAGAUUUUAUUUUUCACCUGUGAUUAAUUUAGGGAGUUUUAUGGUGAUUAAUUUGGGAAGUUUUAUGGAGAUGAUUUUGUGUGAGAAUUACUAGCAAUGUAAUUAACUGUGUGCAUGGAAAGUUGGUCUGGAAGUCACACUUAUUACCUCAUAAAUAUUAUCGUUUAAUAAAGAAAUAUAUAAAAGAUA